UUCAUGCCUUCUAAUCUAGGAGCUUCUGGUCAUGCCCAUUUUGUUUUCUUCCCUUUCUCUCUCUGUCGUCCUUCUCUCUCUUUUUCACUUCUCUGUUGAAGAUUUUUGAAGUUGCUAUGUCUUCAAAAAGGCGAAGAGGAGCUGAAGAGAAUGGAAAAAUAAGUGAAGAGAAUGGGAAAAUAAGUGAUGGCGUUUCUUUUGACUAUUUAGGGAUUCAACCCCUUUUCUUCUUUCACCUAAUGAAAAUGUUCUCCUACAUUUGAUUUCUCAAAUAUCCAAAAGCCUAUUCUUGAAUAAAAAAGCAGUCUUUAUGUGUUUGGUGCUUAUGGGUACUCAAGAGUGUUUUUUUUUUUUUUUUUUGGACUGAUAAAGAAAAUGCUGUGACUGAUUUUAAAAUUUUUACAUAUUUUUUCUUGGAUUUGUUUGAGUGUUUUAGUAAGUAAUGGAAUAAAAAAUGGAUCAUUAUGAGAUCAUGGAACAAAUUGGGCGUGGAGCAUUUGAUGCUGCUAUUUUAGUUAAUCACAAGCAAGAAAGAAAGAAGUAUGUGUUAAAAAAGAUUCGAUUAGCUCGACAAACAGAACACUGCAGGAGAUCUGCUCAUCAAGAGAUUGGAUGUCCUCCUCUGUCGGAGAACUUUACAGUACUGUUUAGAAAUUUUCUACUGCCUACUUGGAAUGACUGGGUUAUCUGAGAUGUCUCGACCUUUAGAGAUGGAUGCAGUUCCGUGCUGUUUUAGGGAUGUAGCUAUGUCAAUUCAUUACUACCGACUCCCGGAGAAGUUAAUUAUCAGAUUUUUUGUAGUUAUUCUUGAAAUUCCUGUGGCAUUUGUUAUUCUUUUAACCAAUUCCGUACAUGCAUUGAUUGAAGAAAAGGGGCUAUAGAGAAAGUAAGUCUUCCAUCUUGAACAACUACUUUGUUCUUUGCUUGCUCCUUCUUUGGGCCUUGGAUUUUGGAUUCAUAGAAUUUCUACAUGUUGGUUCCCUUUUUGUUCUGAGCAUUUUUCUUUAAAAAUUUAGGGUAGUUUGAUGCAGCAAAGAUGUUUGACAAUAUACCUCAGGUACUGAAUAUCUUUUUUGAUCUAUCCUCCAUCGAUCCAAAGGUACCUUACUUACUUCUAUUGGACUGUAUUACUUAAUAAUCAUAUAUUUGUUAAAUGAACAUUUGUUUUAAAUGGA